AUGGCGGAUGAGGAUAUCUAUGAGACCAUGCCGAUGACAGAAGCUGCUCCCCAGCCCAAAGAUCUCCGGGCACAGAGGAAGCUGCAAGCGGUUGAAGAAGCGGUGCAGAAGCUCCAAGUCUCUCUGCAGCCUGACAACGCCUCGGACGCAUCAGCAAAGAGAUCGGACAGUAAGUCGCAGGACGAGGGUCUUAGGCAUCAGGGUCUGCAGCUAUUGGAUGAAGCGCAGGCAGGAGUCCGGAUGCUGAAAGCCCAGCUGGGUAACGUCAGUGCAGCAUAUGGAGAAAUCCAGAUCCGUCUGGACAACGUCAGUGCAGCGUAUGGAGAAAUCCAGAUCCGGCUGGACAACGUCAGUGCAGCGUAUGGAGAAAUCCAGAUCUGGCUGGACAACGUCAGUGCAGCGCGAGCAGCAGUGCAAGGUCGCUACAGUGACGUGCUGACAAAGCUCUCCAGGGGCUGGAGGUUUUACGGUGGGAACCUCUAUUACUUUUCACAAGAAAAGAAGCCGUGGGAUGAGGCCGAGCAGUUCUGUGUGUCUCAGGACUCGCACCUGACCUCUGUCUCCUCCCAGGAACAGGAGUUUCUCUCCAAGGAGACCAAGGGAGAAGCUCACUGGAUUGGACUCACCGACCGGGAGACAGAAGGCAGCUGGCGCUGGGUGGAUGGCACAGAAUACAGAGCAGAUGCAAGCAGGGGGUUCUGGGCGGAGAAUGAGCCAAACAAUCACGAUCCAAACAAAGAUGGUGGAGAAGACUGUGUUCACACCGAGCCAAGAAAGCGGAAUUUGUGGAAUGAUUACAAGUGCACUGAGCCUUUCAGGUGGAUUUGUAAGCGGGCCCAUGGAUGGGCUGGGCUGUGACAUGCAGGUCCCAGCACCUGAGAAAGCGCCUUAAUUUCCAAGCUAUGGAGCAUGUUUUCCAGCCACCUGCCGAUGAGGAGCCCUGUGCACUGGAGGGGGCCGCAUGGGAUGUGCAUCGCAGGGACGCUUUGUCUUGCUGUGAUAUUUCUGGCUUUAGCAGCGACAGCUGCCCUUAUGCCGCUCAGUGUGGCUGGCUCUGUAAUUUGUAUG